GACAGCUCCGUAAAUUUUCUCCGAAAAGAAACGCAAUUUUUGUUGAAUAUUUCACUCCGUGUGCCGACCCAAGCUCUCAAAAAAAUGAGAGGAAAUGAAUAGUUUUAUUUUCGAAUAAAAUUAUUUGCACCUGUGUGUUUACGUACGGAGGAGCAAAGAAACCGAUAAAAGACCGAGAGUGGGACACAGCGCUCGAUCGUCGGGGUGGAGUUUAGGGGAAGACGCGGAACUAAUGGGCGCGCAACUUACCAGAGUAAUACUUAUUCGGGGUUCCCCUGGGUAACUCGUUACAUUAGUGGAGAAGUAUAAAAAGAGCGCGAAUCAAGUGCCAAUCAUCAGAAGUUGUUGAGUGUUCAAUUCAAUAAGCGGUUUCCAAUUGCCGAGAGAUAACAUUGCAAACAUGAAGGUGUUCGGUGUUGAAAUAUGGCUCGUCUGUGCGACAGCCUGCAUGUGGUCGAUUGUCCAAUGUGAUCCUGUACCACAGCCGUCAUGGGUUCCACCACGACCUGGUCAACCAAUUCCACGACCAGGCCUGCCCGGUCCAACAUUUCCACGACCAGGUCAACCGGGUCCACCGAUUCCGCGGCCGGGUCCAGGCUUCCCACACUUCCCACGCCUAGGGAAUCCAUUUGAUCACCGCUUCCGUCGCUCUCCACAAGGUUCAGUCCAAGGUGGCAUCACUAUUCCUGAACAUGGACGUCCUCAGGCGAACGUAGAUUACAAGCAAAGAGUAUUGGACAAUGGAAAGUCAACUCUGGAUACAUAUGGAGGAGUUUCGACGAACGAUGGCAGACACUUCCAGCCUCAUGCUGGAGCUGCGUACGAGUACAGACCUCGUGACAAUGUUGUGGUGAGGGGUCAGGGAAGUGUCCAAAAGGGACCCGGUGGCAGAUUCGAACCCCAAUUUGGCGUUGGAGUGGGCCUGGAAUUCUAAACACGAAAGUUUAAUCAUGGAAUCGUCUUAUUACAAAAUUUCAUGGACUGUGUAUCGCAAAAUUUCGUUGAUUUAUUUAUGAAUGAAGAAUCAGGUGAAUACGAUGGCCUGAGCUCAAUUUGCGUGCCAUCUUUGCAUUUAACUUUAUUUGCGGACGUGUUGUGCCGCUUCUUAUAUUUCUUUCUGUUAUAAUGUCCGAUAGAUAAUAUUGUAUAUUAGAAAAAAUGAAUAAAA